AUGAAUCACGUCCGCGCGUGUCUCUAUCUAUGGGCGCUUUUUGCAGCCGGCACAGCAUGGGCCAAAUUUGACGUGAAUUCUGAUGGAUGUCCUGGCGUACAUUUGACAUUAUGCGAAGCUAAACACAAGAUAUGUGGAGCUCAGGUGAAGUGUCCUCGAUGUGACAAACAUCGUGAAUGUGGUGUUUCUGGGAUUUCUACGUAUAAGUGCCAGGGCUGUGAAGGUAUUCAUUACGUGGAAAACCAGCACACUCACAAUAUAGCAGUCUGUUCUAGCUGUACUGAAAAAAUAAGAGAGGCUGUUCGUAAGAAUUUGAGAACACUGAGUCUUUAUCGCAGUAAUACAAAAAACACAGUUAGAGACAAAACAACUAAAGAAGAAAAGAAUUAG